UUUCGUCUGGGCCCUAUUCUUUUUCGAUCGUAGAAGUUCUGGUUCGAGUAGCUGGCUAGCCAAGCUGCGAAGGGUCGGAGAUCUUGAAAAAUAUAGCUUCUUUUUUCAACCAUUUUUAAGGAUGUCACAGCCUCCCCCAAAACCUUGGGAGAGACGGAUUCCUGGGGCAAUGAAUGCGCCUGUGAGCUAUCGUUCCACAGAUUUUGGAUUAUCUACGCCGGUCGGUCCGUCCACCUCAGCCCCCCCUGGGCUGACACGGGUAGCACCUCCUUUGCCCCCGAGACCCGUCCAGCAGUCCUACCGCCCGGGCUUCGGCUCCUACCCAUCCUCUUACGGCCACUAUGGGAACUCCACUAUGGGAAUGUAUGGUGGUUACAAUCCGUACGGGGGCUAUGGGGGGUAUGGAGUUGGUGGAGGCGCUAUGGGCGGUAUGGGUUACAGUCGGUUUGGUACGGAGGAGACCCAGCCUAGCCGCUUCGUCCAACAGGCGGAGGAGAGUAGCCGCGGGGCCUUCCAGUCCAUCGAGAGCAUAGUCCACGCUUUCUCAUCUGUGAGUAUGAUGAUGGACGCCACCUUUUCAGCUGUCUACAACAGUUUCCGUGCAGUACUGGACGUAGCCAACCACUUCUCCCGGCUGCGUGCACACUUUGCCAAAGUAUUGUCAGCUUUUGCGCUGGUGCGCACGUUGCGCUACUUCUACCGUCGACUACAGAGGCUUCUUGGACUGCGCCGCGACGCGGAGGUGGAGGAUCUGUGGGCCGACAGUGAGGCCACAGCAACUAUUGCCCUAUCAUCCGGCGGAGCGAGUAACGAACCUCGGGCAGACUCGGUAAAGUCUUGGCCUAUUUUCCUGUUCUUCGCUGUGGUUCUUGGAGGACCUUACCUGAUCUGGAAGCUCCUGCGGUCUGCCGAAGGGCCGGAAGAAACAGCCACCAACUGGGCGAGCGGAGAGGAUGACCAUGUAGUGGCCCGAGCGGAGUUUGACUUCACGGCUGCCUCUGAGGAAGAGAUGUCCUGUCAGGCUGGAGACAUGCUCAAUCUGGCACCCAAAGAGCAACAGCCUCGAAUUCGCGGCUGGUUGCUGGCCAGUUUGGGCAGCCAGACCACAGGCCUGGUUCCUGCCAACUACGUGAAGGUCCUUGGCAAGCGGAAAGGUAGGAGGCAUGCAGAGGUGGAGAGGCUGGCGCAGCAGCAGCAGGCACCCCAGCCAGGUCUGGCCUCCGCCUCGGCCUCAGCCUCUGGCACACACCCUGCCUCAGCGCUGCCUCCCAGUUGCCCGGAAGAGAUGCUGGAGUCGGUAUUCCGGGAAACGCCGGCCCCGUGUCCCCCUGCCUUGAGCACAGUAGUCAAGAUGGAUCUGUUAUAGGGGUGCGUGCCUUAGAUCGCUGGAGCGUGCUUUACAAUGUAUGGGGAGCUCUGUGUGCGGUUCCAUUUCAUUCCCUUGUCACCGUAUCAGGUGACCUGUGCCCAUCCCCAUCACCGUGCCCCAGCAGUGGGACUGGAGAAUGGAGCU